AUGCCUGUGGCUGAGUUCUCUGCAGGCCCAGUGGUUGACAGGGCAGGAAGCAAUUGAUGGUGAUCUUUUGAUUUUUUUUUCUCCCCCUUUUUUUUCCUCUCAUUCUCUUUUACACAUAGAGUCUCAUGUUUAAAAUUAUUUAAACAUGAUGAGCUGUGUGCAGAGAGCCGUUUUGUUCGUCUUUACUGUGUCACAAUUCUCCGUCAUUUUGGCACAACAAGAGGUCAUAGAAACAUGCAGCCACCUUGGCCAAGUAUAUGCUGACCGAGAUGUGUGGAAACCAGGACCAUGCCAAAUUUGUGUGUGCGACUCAGGAGCUGUUCUUUGUGAUGAAAUUGUCUGCGAUGAUCGGGAGUUACCAUGCACAAAUCCAGAGAUUCCAUUUGGAGAAUGUUGCCCUAUUUGUCCAACUCCAACACCAACACCUCCUGAUAGAACUCGAGUCCAGGGCCCCCAAGGUCCCAGGGGAGAACCCGGCCCACCUGGUACUCCUGGAAGAAAUGGAUCACCUGGUUCCCCUGGCCAGCCAGGAAUUCCUGGCGAACCUGGCCCCCCUGGAAUCUGCCAAAAUUGCCCAAGUAUCAAUGGAAAUACCUUUUCUCCUCAGUAUGACUACGAUGUCAAGGCUGGACCAGUCUACCCUCCUCCAAUUACUGGACCUGGAGGUCCUGGAGCUCCUGGAGCUCCUGGCUCACCUGGGCUUCCUGGUCCUGUUGGUCAUCCAGGUCCACCUGGACCCCAUGGAUACCAAGGUCCAGCUGGUGAACCUGGACAAGCUGGAGCUCCUGGCCCUGCUGGACCUCCUGGAAUGAUUGGACCCCCCGGACCUUCUGGAAAAGAUGGAGAAGCUGGAAGGCCUGGAAGACCUGGGGAACGUGGAUUGCCUGGCCCUCCUGGCCACAAAGGUCCUGGUGGAAUGCCUGGAAUGCCUGGAAUGAAAGGUCACAGAGGUUUUGAUGGAAGAGAUGGUGCCAAAGGUGAUGCAGGUGCUCCUGGUCUAAAGGGUGAAAAUGGCCUUCCAGGAGAAAAUGGAUCCCCAGGACCCAUGGGACCCAGAGGCUUGCCUGGUGAAAGAGGACGAGGAGGGCUUCCAGGAACUGCUGGUGCUCGUGGUAAUGACGGUGCUCCUGGAGCAGCUGGCCAACCUGGUCCACCAGGCCCUCCUGGACCUUCAGGAUUUCCUGGUUCUCCAGGUUUUAAGGGUGAAACAGGUCCUGCUGGUCCCUCAGGUGCUAGUGGACCUCCUGGACCAAGAGGAGAACCUGGUCCUCAAGGCCAACCUGGAGGUGCUGGUCCUCCUGGUCCCGGAGGACGUGAUGGAAAUCCAGGUGCCAAAGGUCUUCCAGGUGCUGCUGGAAUUCCUGGUGCUCCUGGUCUGGGUGGAAAUCGUGGUCCUCCUGGCCCUCCUGGUACUAAUGGAAUCCCUGGGCAAAGAGGUCCAGCUGGUGAACCUGGUAAAAAUGGUGCAAAAGGAGAGCCAGGAGCAAGAGGUGAACGGGGUGAAAACGGCACCCCUGGUUCUGCUGGUCCUCCAGGAGAAGAAGGCAAGGCAGGAGCGCCUGGUCAACCUGGCACCAAUGGCAUACCUGGAAACGCAGGCGAAAGGGGUCUCCCAGGUUUCCGCGGUCCUGCUGGAUCUAAUGGAGCACCAGGUGAAAAGGGGGCACCUGGUGAGCGAGGUGGUCCAGGAAGUACUGGACCAAGAGGAGGUCCUGGUGAACCAGGACGGGAUGGCAGCCCUGGUCUUCCAGGAAUGAGAGGCUUAACGGGAAGUCCAGGCGCCCCAGGAGUAGACGGAAAACCAGGCCCUGCUGGUUCACCAGGAGAAUCCGGGAGGAGUGGUCCCCCAGGCCCAGCAGGUCCACGAGGUCAGCCAGGCGUGAUGGGUUUCCCUGGUCCGAAAGGUAACGAGGGUGCACCAGGUAAAAAUGGGGAAAGAGGACCUUCUGGAUCUCCCGGUGGACCGGGGCUCCCUGGAAAGGAUGGUGAAGCAGGAGCACAUGGACCCCCAGGACCUGCUGGUCCUCCUGGUGAAAGAGGAGAACAAGGAGCAACAGGUCCACCUGGAUUUCAGGGUCUACCUGGUCCUUCAGGAGCUCCUGGAGAGAGUGGAAAACCUGGAGAUGCAGGCCCAAGAGGUGAAAAUGGACUUCCAGGUCUUCCAGGAACAAAGGGUGAAAAUGGCAUCCCAGGUGAACGAGGCCCAGCAGGACCUGCAGGUCCCCCAGGAGCUAGAGGCGGCACUGGUCCUGCUGGACCUGAAGGUGGAAAAGGCCCUGCUGGUGCACCUGGUCCUCCUGGUGGUAUGGGACCCCCAGGGUUGCAAGGAAUGCCAGGAGAGAGAGGGGGUUCUGGAAAUCCUGGACCCAAGGGAGAAAAGGGAGAACCUGGAAGCAGAGGAGGAGAUGGAGCACCUGGUAAAGAUGGAUUACGAGGGCCUGUAGGAUCCAUUGGGCCUCCUGGUCCAGCUGGCCAACCUGGUGAUAAGGGAGAACCUGGACCUGCUGGACCCCAUGGCCCGACAGGUCCCCGCGGUGGUCCUGGUGACCGUGGUGAACAAGGGCCUGCUGGUCCUGCUGGCUUCCCUGGAGCUCCUGGACAAAAUGGAGAACCUGGUGGAAAAGGAGAGAAAGGCCUCCCUGGUGAACGAGGUGAGACUGGACCCCCUGGAGCUGCAGGUCCAUCAGGAGGCCCUGGUGCACCAGGUCCUGGUGGUCCACAAGGACCAAAAGGAGAACGUGGUGGUGCAGGUCCUCCAGGUGCAGCUGGCUUUCCUGGGAGCCGAGGCUUACCUGGUCCUCCUGGUAACAAUGGAGGGCCAGGACAACCUGGCCAUGCUGGCCCAGCUGGCAAGGAUGGACCUCCUGGCCCAGCUGGUUCUACUGGCCCUGCUGGUUCCCCAGGUGCUCCAGGUGCAAAAGGUGAGCCAGGCCCACCAGGAGAAAAAGGCUCAUCAGGGCCAAGAGGAGAAUCAGGGGCACCAGGUCCUGCAGGAAUUUUGGGCCCACCCGGGCAGCGUGGUAUUGUAGGAUUGCCAGGAAUGAGGGGACCAGCAGGCCCCGCUGGUCAGUCUGGUGUCAAGGGUGAAGAUGGCAAACCAGGAACUAAUGGUAGUCCAGGGGAACGAGGACUUCCAGGGCCAGCGGGUCCUCCUGGCAUCAGUGGAGCACCUGGAGAAUCAGGCAGAGAUGGUAAUCCUGGAUCAGAUGGUCUGCCAGGUCGUGAUGGAUCUCCAGGACCAAAGGGUGAUCGUGGUGAAAAUGGUGCUCCUGGGGCACCUGGAUCUCCAGGUCAUAUGGGCCCCCCUGGUAACGUUGGUGCACCUGGAAAAAAUGGUGAAAGAGGACAUGCAGGAUCUGCUGGUCCUGCUGGUCCUGCUGGUCCAGCUGGUGCUCGUGGUGCUCCUGGUCCUGCUGGUCCACGUGGUGAUAAAGGUGAAGCUGGUGAACGAGGUAACAAUGGACUCAAAGGCCACCGAGGAUUUCCUGGUAGCCCAGGAGCCCCUGGUCCAGUGGGUCCCCUGGGUCCCUCAGGUCCAAGUGGAAACCCAGGACCUGCCGGUGCUAGAGGGCCUCCUGGACCAAGUGGCUCACCUGGGAAAGAUGGUAGAGCUGGUUACCCAGGCCCCAUUGGCCCUCCAGGUCCUCGUGGGAACAGAGGUGAAAGUGGAGCAGCGGGUGCACCUGGUCAUAGUGGUCCUCCUGGGCCUCCUGGUCAACCUGGAGCACCUGGUCCAUGUUGCGGUGGUGGUGGUGAUGGCACUGGUCCCUACGGAACUGUUGAAAAAGGACCCAACUAUUACAGAGAUCAGCCAUCUGAGGACAGAAUUGACAUGGGUGAAGUUUUAGCUUCAUUGAAAUCAGUUAAUAGCCAGAUCGAAAACAUCAUUAGCCCCGAUGGUUCACGGAAGAAUCCUGCCCGUAACUGCAGAGAUCUGAAGUUCUGCCAUCCUGAACUUGCAAGUGGAGAGUAUUGGAUUGAUCCUAACCAAGGCUGCAAACUGGAUGCGAUCAAAGUAUUCUGCAAGAUGGAAACUGGGGAAACGUGCCUUAGUGCCAAUCCCACAAGUGUUCCAAAGAAGAAUUGGUGGACUAGCUCAGGUCCUGAACAGAAGUAUGUUUGGUUUGGAGAGUCUAUGAACGGAGGCUUCCAGUUCAGCUAUGGAGAUCCAGAUCUUCCUGAAGAAGUUACAGAUGUUCAGCUGGCGUUCCUCAGAAUCCUCUCUAGCCGAGCCUCUCAGAACAUCACCUAUCACUGCAAAAACAGCAUUGCUUAUAUGGAUGAGGCUACUGGGAAUGUGAAGAAAUCACUCAAGUUCAUGAGUUCUACUGAGGGUGAAAUCAAGGCAGAAGGAAACAACAAAUUCACAUACACUGUUCUGGAAGAUGGCUGUACUAAACAUACUGGCGAAUGGGGUAAAACACUCUUUGAAUACAGAACACGCAAGACCAUGAGGUUGCCGGUGAUAGAUAUUGCACCUUUCGACAUUGGCGCUCCCAAUCAAGAAUUUGGUGUGGACGUUGGCCCAGUUUGCUUCUUAUAAAUCAAGAAUAAUGCUCAUUCUGAACCCCAGCAAGCAAACUCACACUCCAUCUUUGCUCUUGUUUUAACCUUGGCAACUAUUAGAGUCAAAUCAACUGUAUCCCAGUUAUUUAUUUGCAAAAAUUCUGGAAAGGGGGGGGGGGAACAAGAUAAAUUCACAUAAAGGGUUACCAUUUUCUUAUUUUGCUCUCACACAGAAUACAACAAAAAUGGCUUUUGCUCUUUUUUCUUUCACCAAAAUCCCAUGUUCAACAAUACUCUCAUGGUGCUACAUUGCAACUUCAACACUCAAAACUGUAAUUUUAGUUGAAUGCUUGCCCAGCCAAUCAAGCACUGACGGAUUCCAGCAUCCAAGUUUACCCUCCAUUAUAAGAUGCAGUUCAUAAAGCUAGAGAGAAUUCCCUGUUUCAACUACCUCAGCAUGGACAGAAACUGGGAUGAGUUUGAUGAUUCCCAUCAAGAAAGCCGAAAGAAAAAUAUGUUGGAAGCAAGGAAUACAUCUGGUCAUUUUGGUUUGUUUGUUUGUUCCUGUGCCAAAUUGAGCUGGACAGAGUGUAGUCCAUCAGAAGAAAAGGAUGCCCUAAUACCAACAGACUUGUGUUAUUUCAUUUCUGGACUGCAUUGCAUUUUUUAAGGGUGCUCCAAUACUUUCCUGUCAUUGCUGGCCAAGACCACUAAAAUUAGGGAAGUGUAAAAAGAUGAAUAUGAUGGUGCUAGCUGUGUACGUUUUCCCUUCUAAAUCUGCAAGCCAGGUUUUAUUGACUUGCCUUGAAACAGCAAAACUUGACAACAGUCAUAAAUGUCUCUAGUUGGAAGUCAUAUGGUUGGUAGGCCAUUUCUGAGGGACUUUUCUUCCUUCACUCUGUACAAGUCAAUAAAGAUGCAGAAUCAUGAGCUUCUCUUGUCACAUUCACACAUGUAUAGUGUUGGAGGUUAACCAUCUUUGUAAGCUUUUAUAUGGUUGUUGGUCUUUUCUUUACAGAGACACAUAAUAAAAUAUUGUAAUAAAA